AUGUCAGAGCCUCAACAGUCACAGCCAUCUCAAGAUGCACAGCCAAACGAGAAAGACUCUGUCGGCGAGCGCCUCCAGCCCGUUGAGACGGGUGCAUCGUACGAGCCUCCGCCCAUGAAGACACUUCAGCGGCGUCUUGUUGUUCUUUCUCUUUGUUUGACACUGUUCCUCUGUGCAUUGGAUACUACUAUCUUGGCAACGGCACUUCCGACUAUUGGUAAAGAACUACAUGUAUCAGCUCGCGAAUAUGCCUGGAUUGGAUCCUCGUACACCCUGUCCACGACAGCGGUGACGCCUGUAUGGGCGAAGGUGUCUGACAUCGUCGGUCGCAAGAUUAGUAUGAUGGCUUCCACUGGUCUUUUCAUGGCCGGGAGUCUCAUUUGUGCUCUGGCGAACUCAAGUGGCAUGUUAAUCGGAGGAAGGACUGUUCAAGGUCUUGGAGGAAUAGUGUUCGGCGUCGCUGGAGCCAUUGGACCCGUACUGGGUGGUGUCUUCUCUCAGGCAGUUACAUGGAGAUGGUGCUUCUACAUCAACUUACCCUUUGAGGGUAUCGCACUGAUUGGGCUGUUCUUCUUGCUCAACGUCGACAUUGAGAAGGUACCUCUCGUCGACGGACUUCGCAGCCUCGACUGGCCUGGCUUUGCUUUCAUCAUCGGUGGCACCAUUUGCUUCCUUUACGGACUUGAAGCUGGCUCAGGUGGACUUGCGCCCUGGAACUCUGCUUUUGUAAUUUGUCUCUUGGUCUUUGGGGUCACCAUAUUGGCACUCUUCAUGGUCUGGGAAGCGAAGUUUGCCAAAAAUCCCAUCAUUCCGAUAAGGAUCUUCCAGAGCACCACUAACAUUGCUGCCUUCGCUGUCGCCAACCUUCACUCGUUCAUUUUCAUUGCCUGCGAUUACUUCUUGCCGCUGUACUUUCAAGUCGUUCUGGGCUUUUCGCCAAUCAUAUCCGGAGUCACGCUUUUCCCUCUGAUCCUCCCGAUGUCUAUCUCAACUGGUGUUGGAGGACUGAUCGUGGGAAAAACUGGCAAUUACAAGCUUAUCAUCUUGGUAGGCGCCGCGCUGAUGACUUUGGGAAUCGGUCUCUUCAUUAGCCUCGGUCAACGCAAAGAGUGGCCUAAGUUAGUCAUAGCAGAGGUUAUCGCAGGUCUCGGCUGCGGUGUACUCUUCCAGAACCCUAUGAUCGCUCUUCAAACACAUGUCCGCCAGAGAGAUAUGGCGGCGACUAUGUCAGCGUACACUUUCAUGCGUGGCCUUUUUAUCUCGGUAUCAAUUGUUGUUGGAACGGUCUUUAUCCAGCGUACUGUCCACGGUGGCAAUUUGACUGCUGUGUCUAGUGACAGGGCGCAGGGUGAGACAGACAAGCAUGGGUACGUCAGUGGUCUACGUGUUAUGUGGGCAUUUUACACUGCUUUGUGCGGACUGAUGUUGGUGUCGGCUGUUUUCAUCAAACCAAAGCCAGUGAAGGUGGAGGAAGUCAGUAGUGAGGCAGCAAGUGAGGCCCAGCAAAGCGAUAAGUGUUAG